AUAUAUGUCAUUUAAAUUCUUAUCUCUUAAGAGAUCAGAAGUUAAGGGACUGGUAAAUGUGUGAAAACCUGUUUCACAUAGUGAUAUCGCAAUGGGGUAUUUCCUGAGAUAUGAAAAGGAGAAGACAAUGCUGCUUGCACUAUCCAAGUGAUUCUUACGCAUGUCAACAUCCUCUUUUGAGACUUCUGCCUUUGAUGCACAGACAAAGAGACAGAGAGUUAAACUCUGAUUUGGUCUUCAUGCACAUCCAAUAAAAUCACUGGAACCUGUAAUUCACAUGAAGUAGCCUUUCAAAGAAAUAAAGCACUGAGCAUCCUUCAUAAUGUCUGAUGCCAAGCCAGAUAUGAACAAGAAGGCUGAGAUUGACAGAGGAGAGAUGGACAUGAGGGUGGAGGAGAUCUACGUCAGUCCAGACACCCAGAGAGAUGGAGACACCAGAACCAGAACACAUGAGACAGAAGACACUGAUCCACAUUAUGUACCAGGAGACCAGCGCUCAGGUAACACACACCACAUAUACACAAACACUCCACACACACACACCACAUAUACACACACAACACACACUCCAUCAUGUUCCCUAUAUUCAUGUCUAGUAUGUUCCUCAAUCCUCCUUUACCAAUGAGAUUCUCCUGCCGUCUCCUCAUUUCUUGAGCUCUGUUCGAAGACUUUGGAAUGCACUUCCACAAUUCAUCCCUGACUCCAAAUCUGUUACCAUCUUCAUCCACCACCUCAAGUCUCAUCUGUUCAAACAAGCCUAUCCCUAGCCUCUGCCCUAUGUUGUUUGACCCACCCCCCCUUUUUUGUUUUUGUUUUGUUAGCUACCGUUUGUCUCAUUGCUCUGUCUGUAGUUGUUUGUUAUGUAUGUAUUGUAGAGCAUUUUUGGGUCUUCGAAAAGCGCUAUAUAAAUUUAAUUUAUUAUUAUUAUUAUGAAGACAUGCAGCCCAGAUUUACAGACUUGAAUUGAUCUGUGCUGUGGGACUAGAGACUAGCUUAGGACUUCCAAAAUAAUGUCUUGGUCCUAUGUCUGCAUCUGUUUCUCAAAAACAUUUACCCACCUUGGACUUUUCCAUAUUUUAUUGAGGAAAAGUCCCAGUGAAAUCCCAUAGCAUGAUGCUGCCACCACCAUGCUUAAUGGUUAAGAUGGUGUUCUUACAGUAGGAUGAUGUGUGGUUUUAGGUUUGCAUAAAAUGUAGCACUUAGGCAAAAAGAUACAUGUUGGUUUCAUCAUAUCAUCAUUCUUCUUCCACCUGGUCUGAGGUGGAGCGUGUGUCCAGCUUCAAAUUCCUGGGUUUCUUCAUAUCUGAGGAACUCUCCUGGACCCUCAAUACCUCCACCCUGGUCAAAAGUUGCAACAGCACCUGUACAUUUUGAGAAGGCUGAAGAAGGCCUGCUUGACUUCUACUGCUGCACAAUCUACAGCAUUUUGACUAACUGUGCUACAGUGGGGUUUGAUGGAUGCUCUGUGGCCGACCGGAAGGCCCUACAACGUGUGGUGAAAACCGCCCAGAACAUCACUGGUACCCAGCUCCCAGCCACCGUGGACCUUCAGCGCAAGCGGUGUCUGCAUAGGGCGGGUGGCAUCAUCAGGAACCCGUCACAUCCAAGCCACAAAAUGGUUUGCCCUUCGGCAGCCGUUACAGAGUCUGAAAGAUCAAGGAAGAGAUCUAUAUUUGCAGUGUCUCUGGGGCUGGUGUGUGUUCUCCUACUGACUAGGAUCAUAGUCCUGUCUGUUUACUUUAACAGAACCAUCAAAGAGAAAGAAGAAUUACAGAUCCGCAAUAAAAACCUGACUAAAGAGAGAGAUCAUCUUCAGGAAAAGCUCUCUGUGUUCGGAUGGAGAUACUUUGGAUCCAGUUUUUAUUUCCUCUCUGCUGAGCAGAAAACCUGGUAUGAGAGCAGACAGGACUGUCAGAUGAGAGAAGCAGACCUGGUGAUCAUAAACAGUGAAGAGGAACGGAGAUUUCUCAGUGGACUUCAAAUGAGAUUCUGGAUUGGACUGACUGACAAAGAUGAAGAGGAAACCUGGAAAUGGGUGGAUGGUACAGAACUGACCACAGGGUUCUGGGAACCUAGACAGCCUGAUAACUAUCAGGGUCAGGAGGACUGUGCUGAGAUGAACUUUGGGGGAAACAAACCUUUAGAGGCAUGGAAUGACUUAAAUUGUCGUCGUCUUAGUAGAGAGGAAGUACAAACUGGACCCAAAGUAUCUCCAUCCCUCUCCAACAUACUGCUCUGAUAAAGAAUAAACACAUGAACAAAUGGAAAUUUAGCAA